GCCGUGAGGUGGGGGCGGCCCGGGAAGGCGGCGCGGCCGCGAGCGGGCAGAGGUCUAUGUCGCGGGCGGCGGCGGCGGCGACGGCCGCGGAGGGACGAUGCGCGAGUACAAAGUGGUGGUUCUGGGCUCGGGCGGGGUUGGCAAAUCCGCCCUGACCGUGCAGUUCGUGACCGGCACCUUCAUCGAGAAAUACGACCCCACCAUCGAGGACUUCUACCGCAAGGAGAUCGAGGUGGACUCGUCGCCGUCGGUGCUGGAGAUCCUGGACACGGCGGGCACCGAGCAGUUCGCGUCCAUGCGGGACCUGUACAUCAAGAAUGGCCAGGGCUUCAUCCUGGUCUACAGCCUGGUCAACCAGCAGAGCUUCCAGGACAUCAAGCCUAUGAGGGACCAGAUCAUCCGCGUGAAGCGGUAUGAGAAAGUGCCAGUCAUCCUGGUUGGGAACAAAGUGGACCUGGAGAGUGAGAGAGAAGUGUCCUCCAAUGAAGGGCGAGCCUUGGCCGAAGAGUGGGGCUGCCCCUUUAUGGAGACUUCUGCUAAGAGUAAAACAAUGGUGGACGAACUCUUUGCAGAAAUUGUGAGGCAGAUGAACUAUGCGGCUCAGCCUGACAAAGAUGACCCGUGCUGUUCUGCCUGUAACAUACAAUAGCAUCUGAACAUGGCAGUCCUGGACAGGAUUUGCCCAGGCUCGUAGGCGAAAGAAGCCUCGUUCUACCCCACUGCAGUUUGUAGGACGCGUGGUGUGAAUCCAUAGUGAGCUGCAGCCCUCAUUCAGAAACAAGCAGCAAUGGUCAGUUGAUGUCUCUGAGUACCUGUGGGUUCAGUAACUACACUUUCCACCAUUGUCCUCAGUCUUCUGUGCACAUCUGCAACUUGAAGGCACAGGCCAUCGAUCUACAGGGUGAUCUCAUUUGAAGUGAUGAUGGCAUCGCCGCCGAGUUGACAGAAGCAACUGCUGUAUAAAUUAAAAAGAAUCAUGAGAGAGAAACCACAAGAAUUCUAUGACCAUUUACAAUUAAAAUAUUUUGUCGUCUUUAGAAAAAAAGUAAAGGAGAAAUAUUUUCCUACGAGAGUACUGAAUUUCAGGAAUUGGUGUAGAGCUUCUAGCCAGUGUGUUGGAUCAAGUAACAGCUGGCCUGCCAACAGCAUUGCAGGGAGUCUUCCAUCAGCUGACACGGUUCUGUUUCUCAAAAUUGAUGCUUAAUCGUAGAUGUUAUCCUAAUCUGUGACAUGGAAUUCACUCAUGCAUCAAUCCUCAAUAGAGUAAAAGUCACAAGGUUGUAUGAAAAAUACAGUCUGGCUUUAGAAUGUGUUAAAUCACCUGCUUUGCCACUCAAAACAGAGGCUCUCACAAGAGUUUGAUGAGAACUGAAAGCGCACACCCAUCCAGGAUGGUCUUUAUGUACUAGAAGGAAGCAGCUGAGAUGGAGAGAUCGCCUAGCCUUACUAACAAGAGCAUUGUAGUCGAUUACCCAGUACCAUCACGUAAGGAAAAUGAAGCCAUGUUGCAUCCACAUGUCCCCGUUUGCAGAAACCUCACAGGACAGUACAGAUACCUGGCAUUUCUGUGUUCAUUAAAGCAGCCAGUUCCUCCUUGCCUUUAAGGGCUAUGGUUGUGAUGUGACCCUUGGCUAACCUGCUUUGGAAAUCCAGUUUGCUGUAGUAGAGCUGUAUUUGCAGGCAUUUUUUUAAAAUUGAAUAACCAUGUGAUAUAAUUUGGGCUUAAAAGUAGAACAUAAAUUAUAGAGUGGAAGGUAAGGGAUAAAAAGCCUUUUAUCUUCCAUUUUCUUGGAGAAUUACAGAAAGGUUUUCUUGUACCAGUUUUGCCCUGAUUACUGAAGUGGCAGGUCCUGCUAGAGUGAAUAGUUCAUUUUGAAAAGGUGCUCAGCUCUGACAUUUUUGGUUUUCAUAGCCUUGAAGUGUUUAUCAUUUGCAUGAAAAAAUGGCACAGGAAAAACCUAUUCAGGAGUUUCACAAUCAAGCUUAGAAGGGUUUCACCUCACCUCAGAGAUGUAAAGGCUGAAGAGAUUGUCUUGAGCCCGUCCUCUGGAGAUAACUGCAAUGUCACUGAGCCUGCAAUGUACUUAGUGCCCACACCUUCUUGGUUCCACAGUCUUGUGCAAGUAACCUCUGGUCUUAACGAGUGUAACUGAGAGAAGAGUGUGUGUUUGUGUGUGCAUGUGUGUUUAUUGUUCCUAAGAAUUUGGCACAAAUCAGAGAUAAUUGCCUAUACUGAGAAUCGAUACUGCAGAAUAUAAUGUAUAAAACACAUUUUUUAAAUUAUUUGUCUCCUCUAUGUCAUUGAAGCAUCAGUAGCCCCCAAGUAUUUAGUAACUGACAUUGAGCUCAGAGGAUAGAAGAAAGUCAUGGUAUUUUUCAUGUCUGAGAAAACCGAAGAAAUAAUGUGAAAGCAGGCCGUGGUUGUGAGUCGUUCAAUUGUGAAUAUUUAAAAUCUUCAGUAUCAUUUUCUCCAGUUAGGAAGUACCUUGUUUAGAAGAAAAAAAGUUUUAAUCAGUUUUCUUGGAACAAAUUUCAUUAUGUAAAAGUUGAUUUGAUUCAGAGAUACAGAGAAAUCAGAUUCAAGAAGUAUGUUUUACUAAAUCUACUAAAAUAGAUGUAUUAGUGAAUUGAUUGAAUUCUGAAGCCUCUAACUUGUCAGACUAACUCUGAUUUUAGAAUCCCAUAAUUAAUAGCAAUUUUAUGACAACUAAGAUCACAUAUUAGAAACAGCUCUAUAGAUUCCACAGUUUAUAUCGUGGAUGUCUAUGCAGACAUGAAAAAGGUGAAAUAACCUGAAAGGGCUGACAAAAUGUAAGGUAAAGGUGUUUGUCAGAUGACUGCAGGCUUUCCUGUAAGAUGUCCCUAAGAACUGACUUGGCUACCUGAUCAGUGUUUGCACCAACCCUCACAGACAGUGACCGGGCA